GAAACCCGAGGGGCAGCGUGCUUGCAUGGCUACUGCUAAAAAGAAGAAGAAGAGUUUGAAUCCUUUUGAUGAUGAGGAGGAGGACUUAGGAAAGAAAGAACAGGAGGAGGUGGUCCAGCCUGCAGCAGGAGCAGAGAAAGAGAGAGUGAUAGAGGGAAAAGUGAAUAAAGGGCAGGCCGUCCCUCCUUUGAAAGAUAGAGAGGAUAACCCUGCACCACCUCUUCCUCCUCUGAACCUUGAGCCUAAGCAUAAUACUAGGGCUGAGAAAGGAUCAAAGAAGGAGCCAGUUCCAAAAUACGGUCAUGCCACAGCGACUGUUAAUGAUAAAGUGUACAUGUGGGGCGGGUGGAGGAAAGGGUUCCCGGAAGUACACAGUUCACAGGAGAAGACCUCACUGCUCUCCAUGAUGGACGUCUUUGACUUGAAGAAGGGAGAAUGGUCAGAAGUUGAGACUUAUGGGUCUCCUCCGUUAGGCGUCAGAGGGUACUCGUGUGCUACUAUUGGGACUAGGAUCUAUUAUUAUGGAGGGUAUUGUGGUCACGAUUGGUGCAGACAUUCUAGUUUGCAUUACUUUGAAACCACUACCCAUACAUGGACCAAUGUCCCUAUUGCUAAUCCUUAUCAGUCUCCAAUGAAGAAGAGUUCCAGUGGCAUGGUUGCAUUCAGAGAUGAAGCUGAAGACUAUCUCUUUGUUUUUGGAGGAGUUGGCAUGCUCUGCUCUGCCAAUCAGUCUGAAGCAAUUUACAUUCCAUGGAAAGAGAACCCAGACAAUGGGUGGACUAAUGAAUCUCACAUUUUCUCACUGCAAUCAAAGGAAUGGAUCACUCCAGAAGUCAGAGGUGAAAGGCCUCCGCCAUGUGCUGGGUUUACACUCACACAAAUCACACAAAACUCUGCUCUACUUUAUGGAGGGGUUGACUCUACCAGUGGGCAGUGUCUUAGCGAUGCUUACAUCGUUGAGCUAAGCAAAGCCUCAAUUCACUGGUACAAAGUCCAAAUCAUGCAAGAUAAACCCAAGCCGGCAAAGAGACACGAUCACACUGCAGUUUGCAUAUCAGGACCUCUCUUUGGGCAGAUAAAACCAAUGGUACUCAUAGCAGGCGGAAGAGACUCCAGGUGGAAAAACCUUGGAGACCUUUGGAUACUUGAUUGCUCUAUUGGGAUGUGGACAAAACUUGAGGUGUCCCAGCCUGUUGCUUUUCGCCACUUGCACUCGCUCUCAAUCUUCAGCAUUGCUGACUAUUGUGUCUAUGCUGUUAUGUAUGGAGGCAUUGAGGAAUGGAUACCUAAUGCUUCUGCCAGUGAUCAGGCAAUGCUAUCGGAUACAACUGUACUAGAAAUAUGUUUAAAUUCUGAUGAUCACUGGGAAAUGUCAGCAGUGCUAGCCAGUCAGAUACUGAGAGAGACAGAGGAAUACAAGGGAAGACUGAUACAAAGACUCUUCCACAUUUUGAAGCAUGGGAAAGAAGAUCAGCACAAAGUUGUGUCCGAUGGACAGGAGGUCAUGAGAUUAUGUAGUGAGCUCGAGCAAGCUCAGGUAAGAGCACAAGAGGCAGAGAGCAAGGCUCAGUCAUUGCAACAAGAAGUUCAUCAGUUACAGAGUCAACCGUUACCACCCUCCUCCCACUCACCUCUUCUCGGAAGGACAGGUGGAAAAACACCGCCAGCUAAAGCGACGCCUCCUCAAACUCCAAAGAGUGGCACGCCUCCUUUAACAAGAGCCACUCCUCCAACAGCUAAGAAAUCAACGUCACUAUUCUCUCGCUCACCCGCACUUACGCCUAAAAGUAAACCAACACCUGCCCCAGCAGAAGCUGCAGCUACAGUUGGUCUAACUGAGCCAUUGCCUCCUUUAAUUGAUACUAGUCUUGAUAUUAGAGCUCAGCAGAUAGCCAUAGAGUUGACUAGUGAUGCAUUAAAGCUACACCUCGUACCGCAAAAAGACAUUGCAACUAAUGGCCCUAGUAUUGAUACAGGGUGCUAUGGGGAUACAGCACCAGGCCUGUAUAAAAGGAGUCUUCCCGUAUCUGUCAAGACAUUGAAGAUAAGAAGAGGAAGGAACGAUGCCUACAGUAAUGUUAUACUCAAUCACAAGUUAGUGAAAUCGUUUCAGUUGCGUCAUCCAAAUAUAGUUCAAUUGCUGCAUGCCUCCGUGCAGCAAGAAGGACUAGGAGACGAGAGAGAAAUUGUGUUAGUCUCUGAGCCACUGACAAUAACCCUCCAGCAACAAUUGACAAAGAAAGCUCUGGCAAAACAAGACAUCAUAAAUCUAUCUCUAGAUGUGAGCAUGGCCUUGAGUUACUUACACAAUCACCCUCACUAUCCAAUUGUACACGGUUCAGUCUCCACUUCUGGGAUAAUCCUCGAACCACUUGCAUUGAAGUGGCGUGCUAAACUUGUCGAUUUCUUUACGGCAAAUUACUUUUAUUACGCUUCGACUGAGACCCCUUUAGUCAUUGACCCACCUUACAUACCUCCUUCUCCUCCUUCACUGUCUUCUCCUUCAGCUAGCAGUAUCCCAGUUUUGAAUACCAAAUUCGAUAUUUUUUGUUUUGGUAUUGUUUUACUGGAGACUGUCACUCGAAAGCAGCCUCCAGUUGAGGCAGCUGGUAGGGAGUCUUUGCUUGGUUCUGUGAAGUGGUCAUCCCUUGCUGGCGUGAUCAGGAGCUGCACUUCAGUUCUCGAUGCUGAUAGACCUCCUGCUGAUACUCUUCUCAAUGAUCUCCAUAAACUUUAAAACUGAUGAUAAUGUGAUAGGUUUUAUUCAUAAUUAAGCAAGAGUGAACUAACAUUUUUACUAUUUUAUAUAUUAUUGUAAGAAAUUUUAUUUUCUAGUU